GUGGGAAAUAGCGCGCAGUGAUGGAUUUCCCACUGGAUCCGGUGAGCAGCCUCCCAAUUUAUGGGGCGUUCCCGGCUGAGGCGGCGGUGGAGAUUUUGCAAGGAGGGGACUCGGUCAGUAGCAACGCGGGUCCGGCGCUGGCGACGGGGGCAACCGUGCUUGGGGACAUCCUGGAUGCGACCAGCGUCGGCGAUUUUGCAAGCGGGCUUGGUGGCGUGGAUGGACCAGUAGCUGCAGAUUCAGCGGAAUCUACGGAGCAGGACAAUCCUCAGUCGUCUGGAUGGAAGAAGAGGGUCCGUGUUGGGCGUGCACCACCUGACCGAACUCACUGCGCAGAGAGGCAGAGCGCACUGGAUAAAUCCGUCAGGUGUUUCGCGGAAAAACUGGGAGACAAAGUCAUUGAUCCGUGCUUGGGUACAACCUUCGACUCGAUUGGGGAGGUGUACGAUUUUUACAAUCUGUACUCCUGGGAACAUGGCUUCGGUAUCAAGUACGGCAAAAGCCGGUUGAACUCGGAGAAGACGAAAUGCAUGCAGGAGAUAGUAUGCGGUUGCUCGGGGAAACCAGCAGGCGAAAAUACCAGGUCAUGUCGUUGUGAAUGCCCUGGAUGAUUAGGUUGCUGAGGUCUGCCGAUAACGGCUAGUAUAUCACUGAGCAUCGGGUCACUCACAACCAUGUGCUGACAGAGACGUGUGGCGAGACAGCGUUCUGGCCGUCUCACAGGCACAUAGAUAUGUUCACCAAGGACCUGGUGAAACAGCUUAGGGAUAACAACAUAAAUAUUGGAAAGGUGUAUAGCAUCAUUGGGAGCUUUUUUGGCAGUGUUGACAACCUGCCCUUCACGAAGCGGUCGCUGAGGAAUUUGUGUGGGCAGAUUAGCCGGGAAGAGGCAGAUGAUGAUGUGAGGAAGACAAUAGAGGUUUUCGAUCAAAUUGGUGCAAAGGACCCAGAUUUUGUGUUCAGAGUACAGGCUGAUGCAGAAACAAGGAUCAAAAACCUCAUGUGGACAACGGGGGCAGGGAGGUUGCAGUACAAGUAUUUUGGCGAUGUGGUAACCUUUGACACAACGUACAAGACAAACUUGUACGACAUGCCUUUCGGUAAUUUUGUCGGCGUGAAUAAUCACUUCCAGAGCAUAAUCCUAGCUGGGGUGAUGGUGAGAGAUGAGCAAGUAGAGAGUUUCGAAUGGGUUUUUUCGGAGUUCGUCCGUAUGAUGGGCGGUGUACCUCCGAAGACCAUACUAACUGACCAGUGCCGGGCAAUGGAGGUGGCCAUAAAGAAAGUACUGCCAGGGACGUGUCAUCGGUGGUGCAAAUGGCAUGUGCUGAAGAAGGCAAAGGAGUCGCUUGGGCCAAUGUUUACAAGGCGGCAUUCAUUCCGUGCUGAAUUCCACAAGGUAGUAAAUCACAUGCUCACAGUCGAUGAAUUUGAGAUUGCAUGGGAUUUACUUCUUGAGAAGUACCAUCUGAGAGGGCAUGCUUACAUGACGCAAUUGUAUGAGGUUCGGGAGAAAUGGGCAAAGCCUUAUUUCAAGGGUAUUUUCUGUGCGAAGAUGACCAGCACGCAGAGGAGUGAGAGUGCAAAUAGCAUGCUGAAGAAAUAUGUGCCGAAGGGGUGUUCGAUGCACAUGUUUGUGUGGCAGUACAUGAGACUGGUGUAUGACAGGGAAUCGGAAGAAAACUAUCAAGAGAAACGUACGAAAGUUAGUGGUGCGGUCGUGCGGUACAACUUCACAAUAGAGAGACAUGCUAGUAAGAUUUACACGAGGCCAAUGUUCGAACAAUUUGGCAAGAUGAUAUAUGAAGCAUGCGCUUAUAGAGUUGACGAAGUGGAGAAGAACAGGCUGUACAGGACAACCCACACAGAUGCCGCACGGCGGGAGAAGUGGAGCAAGGUUGUGUUCGCCGUGAAGAUUAUAGGUGAUGGGGCAGAGUUCGAGUGCGAGUACGGCAUGUAUGCGCACAUGGGGAUGCUGUGUGGGCAUGCUCUGAAGGUCAUGGAUUAUGUGGGGGUAACAGAAAUACCUGACAAACAUAUAAUGAAGAGAUGGACUAGGGACGCGAGGGAUGUGCUGCCUGAGCAUCUCCGACAUUACCAGCGUGACCAGGCUGCGGGAAGGAAUUUCACCAAGCGGCAUUCCACUCUGUACAUACAGGCAAUGGAGCUUGUCAGGCUUGGGGAUACCAGCGCCGCGGCGUUUGAGAAGCUGGUGGGAUUAUUCAGAGACAACCUUGCUGUGAUGGCCCCAUUUGAGGAAAACAGAGAUGGUCUGGGAUUAGAAGACAGGUCGACCGGUGGCUGGAUGGAUGGGAAGCGAAAAGGAGACGAGUGUUCCAGGUCGGGGAGUGUGGCGGUAUCUGAGCAUGCGAUGGCCGGUAUGGCAGCUCCCUGCAAGAAACAGAAGGUUGGGAGGCCAACUACAAGUCGCGACCGAGCUCCGUACGAGGAGCGUAGCAAGAGGACUAGAUUUUGUAGCAUUUGCAAGCGCCCUGGGCACAAAAAAACCGCUUGCCCUGAUAGGGGGGACGAACCAAAACAGCAAAGGAAAGCAGGCAAGUGCAGUAUUUGUGGUGUUGCUGGGUAUCGCGGAGUACCUGUGUGAGUGUCUGUAUUUUCGUUUUAGGAGUGAGCAGGAUUGUCAACUGGUGUGAAACUCUGUAAUAGUACCUGAAUUUGUUUUGUGUUUUGACUUCUCCUGAAAGUGUCAUGUGGCAUGGUACGCCACGCAG